AUGAUCUCAAGGCGCCAGACGAGGCAGUCCUCGAUCAUGGCAUUUGCCGUGGGUCUGCUGACAGCGGUUGGUGGUUUUUUAUAUGGCUAUGAUACCGGAAUCAUCAACGGCAUGCUUGAAAUGGAUUAUGUCAAGCGAAAUUUUGCGCCGAACGGUAAGAACUUCACGGCGCCAGACACCGCCAUCAUUACAGCAGUUCUGUCUAUUGGGACAUUCGUCGGUGCGUUGUUUGCACCUGUUUUAUCGGACACUAUUGGCCGUCGGCUGACCAUAGUGUAUUCUGCCGGCAUCGUCUUCUCGUUGGGAACCAUUCUCCAGCUUAUUCUCACCAAUAUGGCGUUGCUAUGUGUUGGUCGUUUCGUCAGCGGACUGGGAGUUGGCAUUAUCAGUGCGGUUAUUCCGCUUUACCAGGCUGAGUCGUCUCCCAAAGGUGUUCGUGGUGCCAUUAUCUCGCUCUACCAAUGCGCAAUCACACUGGGGCUUUUGGUUUCCAGUGCCGUUGUCCAAGGAACACAUAAGAUUGACGAUUCGCGUUGUUUCCGCAUCCCCAUAAGUCUCCAGCUCAUAUGGUCAGCUGUGCUGUCCACUGGAGUGUUCUUUUUGCCCGAGUCGCCGCGCUUUUUCGUGAAGAAAGACCGUUUGGACGAUGCCAUUGUGGCACUGUCGCGGUUCCGCAAACUCCCUGUCACGGAUGAAUCAUUGAUCGAAGAACUGAUCGAAAUCAAGGCUUCUCACGAUUAUGAGAUGAGCUUUGGAAAGCCGUCCAUAUUUGAUUGCUUCCGGAGUUCACCCUCGCGGUGUCGCCAAGGUUACAGAAUGUUCACCGGAAUGGCGCUACAGGCUCUUCAGCAGUGUACGGGUAUCAACUUCAUUUUCUACUAUGGUGUGAACUUCUUUGUCCAUGCCAGCGUGCAGAACUCGUACCUAAUCUCGUUUAUCACCUACGCCGUCAACGUCACUUUCACAAUACCAGGAAUCAUUUUUGUGGAGGUUAUCGGUCGAAGAAAACUUAUAAUCUUUGGUGCUGCUGGAAUGACAGUUUCCAACUUCAUCAUCGCAAUUGUUGGCUGUACGACGGAUUCUGUGAUCGCCAAUAAGGUGAUGAUCGCGUUUGUAUGUCUAUUCAUUGCAUUUUUUGCCUCCAGUUGGGGUCCUGUCGUUUGGGUAAUCGUUGGAGAGUCUUACUCGCUUUCGGUCCGUCAAAAGGCAGUGUCUCUGACUGCUGCAACAAACUGGAUUGUCAACUUUGUGUUUGCCUACUCCACUCCAUACUUGGUUGAUGCUGGAAAGCACACUGCCGCACUAGGCACCAAGAUCUUCUUUCUCUGGGGCGCAUGCUGCACAUUAGCUUGUGUUUUCUCGUACUUAUUCGUAUACGAGACGAAAGGCCUGAUGCUCGAAGAGAUCGACGAGAUGUAUCGCGUUUGCCGUAGUGCGGGCAAAUCUGCUGGUUUCAAAUCCACUCUUCAUGAACGGUAUGUGCUAAAUAACCAGGAAGAACAGAGGACAACUGUUAGCAGUUCGACAAACGACAAGCGUUUGGAGUCGAGCAGUUCGACCAACGAUAAACGUUUGGAGCUGAGCCGCACAGUAACAACAGGACUCUACGAACGGUCUCAUCAUGGAGGCAAUUUCCAGCUUAAUGUCGUGACUGGCACCCCGCCUUCGAUUGAUUCGAACUCCGACGAUGAUGAGCUAAUGGACGUCGUGGAUGGCCACGGCGUUAAUGCUUAUAAUUAUACGAAUGAGCAGGACUUGAUGGAGUUUAUCCAGGGUUUGCAUUUGGAUAACAGGUUUCAAUUUGAGAGAUCUGGAGACUCCGAAGGACCUGAGAGGCCCGAAUGA